UGUGAAUACUUGCGCUGUCGGGGUGAAAACGAAAGAGGUAAUUCGGUUCUAGGAGCUACACCGAGCGGUUUCACAAAAAUACUUUGAUUUUGCAUACAGAAAAUGGCGGUUCCUGCAGGUGCAACUGUGCAGAUGAACACAGAAACGCAGAACGAUCUUGCAAAUCCAUCUGAAAAUGACAUUCACUUUGACGAGAAAGAAUUGGAAAACAUAACAAAUCACGUCGAAGAUGGCACAACACUGCCCCUGCACUCUCCGUGGACAUUUUGGCUUGACAGGUCAUUGCCAGGGACAACAGCAGCAGAGUGCGAAUCCAAUCUGAAAAAGAUCUACACAGUACAAACUGUUCAGAGUUUCUGGAGUGUAUACAACAACAUCCCUCCUGUGACUACCCUGCCUCUGAGAUGCAGCUAUCACUUAAUGCAUGGAGAGAGGAGGCCCCUAUGGGAAGAAGAAAGUAACGCAAAAGGUGGAGUCUGGAAGAUGAAAGUACCAAAAGAAAGCACUUCUGCAGUUUGGAAGGAGUUGUUACUUGCCACGAUUGGAGAGCAGUUUGCCGAUUAUUGUGCUUCAGAGGAUGAAGUGGUUGGUGUCAGUGUUAGUAUUCGAGAUCGAGACGACGUUGUUCAAGUCUGGAAUGGAAACGCAUCUCUUGCUAGUGAAGCGAAUAUCUUAGGGAAAGUCUAUGAACUCCUCCCGCACAUAACCUUUAAAGCAGUAUUUUAUAAAUCUCACAGGGAACAUCAUGCCUUUGAAGGAGGACGUUCACGACAUUAGCCUCUGAUGCACUUUUUGAUAGAGCUAUAUUCUCGCCUGGACUUAACCUGCUCUCUUCAACUUCAUCCAAAAUAUAAUUUUGCAUACUGUACACCGAACCGAGGAAAACGUCAUAGAAUGUUAUUGAUAUAUAUUUUUAUAGAUUCAAAUGGCUGAGUUUGUCUGAUGCCUUUUAUCAUUUUUUAAAAUGUUAAUUUGUUAUUGAAACACAAUUCUAAAGAGAUUGUAUCUUUAAAGUACCGGUAGGUCUUUUUUUAUUUAGUCUGUCGUUUUAAAAUUUGUCCUUAGUCUUAGUUCAUGUAAUUUCUGUAUAUGUCAUGUUUCUUCUUUAGAAUGAUGCGCUCUAUUGCUGCACUGUAACUGCCCUGUUCUCUGCCCAGCUUGGCAUGCCAUGGACCUCACAAGUGAGCGUUGAUCCCUACUGUAUCUAUGGCACGCACACCACCGACCCACAGUUCAAUGGUUCUCACUACAUUUUCCCACAGAGAUAUGUUGCUUGUUUAUACAAUGUAUGUUUUUAGCUGUCUUGGAAUUAUGAAUUGUUUGAUCCAUAUAUACUUUGACUAAUUUGCGAAAAAUCUAGUGUCCUGUAAGGUUUAGUAUUUGUAGCUGUUGGCAGACAGUGUUUUCUUUUUGGCACACGCUCAAUCGUGUCUCACCAAUAUUAACAGUAGAGUUGAAGUUAGAGACAUUGCUCAUUACUACCUGUAACAUUUGAGUCAAGGUCCCCAGACAUUCUUACACAUUAUGAUUGAUUGCAGAGCUGUUAAUCUGCAAUAUAUAUGAACAGUGUUAUACUGGUGUAUUUGUUCUGUAUCAUAAACUUUUUUCUAACUUUAAAAGGAUCAAAUAUUAACAUUAAAAGUACUGUAUAAAUAGUGUAUAGUACAUUUAAUUUAAA